AAAAAGUAGAUUUGCUUUUUUUCAUACGUAAUAAUUUACUCAAUGCUUUGAUAUUUCUAAUGGUGCAGGAAUUUCAGCUCAACUGUUGAGUUUCACAGUUGAAAAAAAAAAAAAUAAUAAUAUAAAAGAUGUAUGUGAAAGACAUCGUUUCAUAUAUAUUUGGAGAGCAAAUUUUUGAAGAAAAUCACAGCAAUGAUUUAUACAAUAAGGAUAUCGAGUUACAGCAGAUGAUAAGUUUUGUUGAAAAUCAUGUUGGCAAUGUGCUUAAAGAAUAUGAAAUUCCUAGUAAAAAAACAGAUGAUAGGAGAGGCAGACUUGGGCCUCAAAAUGUUCGGUUUGACAUGUCCACUCAUCAUGGAUUGUUUAUUGUUUCUCCGGAUAGGCUCAGUGUUAAUUCACAGAGUAAUUUCAGUACGAUGAGAGCAAACACUGGAAUAUACGAAGGCAAGUGGAUGUACGAAGUGCAGUUGGGCUCAAGGGGAGUCAUGCAGUUGGGUUGGGGAGUUGGGCAAUGUAAAUACAAUCAGGAAUCUGGAGUUGGAGACGUAGUAAAUUCAUAUGCUUACGAUGGAAAUAGAAUAAGAAAAUGGAAUGUCUCAACACACAAGUAUGGAGAAGCUUGGCUUUCAGGAGAUAUUAUUGGUACCACGAUAGAUAUGGACGAUGGGACAAUAUGUUUUUUUAGGAAUGGAAAGAACCUUGGAGUUGCUUUCGAAAAAAUUUCGAUGGGACCGGGAAUCGUUUAUUUUCCCACUGUUAGUUUAGCAUUGAGUGAAAAUUUAACAGCUAAUUUUGGAAGAACUCCCAUGAGAUAUCCCGUGAAAAGUUAUCAGAUACUACAAAAUGCACCUGUUAAUCAACUUGAAAAAUCUCAAAUUUUAUUCGAGUGGCUAGAAAAAUUACUUGUACAGUUUAAAAGUCUCGACACCUUGGACGACACGUGUGAAGGAGAAAAAAUAAGUCCCAGAGGUUUUCUCUUGUGCCUAGCAAGACAUAUUUUUAAGGAAAUUGGCCCACUAGUUAACGUACCUUAUGUUGCUGAGGAUAUUUUUGUUCCUUUUACCAGCAAACUUGCGAAAAAAGACUGCUCCAUGCUUGACACUUGUUUAGACUUGAUGUGGUCGUUUCUAGAAGUGCACGAAAUCAAAGUUUGCCUCGAAACCACAGUUGCAUAUUUGUCGUCUGUAUUUCGUCAAGUUUCAACAGAUUUAGAGUACCCCGAGCAGCGGACAACACUAGUACUUCUCAACUGUUUUUGUCAACAUGCGCUGACAAGGCAAUAUUUGCUGCAAUUUGUUUUAUUCGACAAAACGAAACUAGUUAAUUUUAUUCACGUGAAACCGUUGGACGAAGAUUGCCUAAACAACAUUGUAAACAACAUUUGGUACGAAACUAAUCCAUUAGAUCCAUCGGUAGAGAUUCACAAAACUUCUUACAUCAACGCUUGUGAUAAAAUAAAAUACUGGACGUCAGAAGUAGAAGCUCUUCAGGUGGAAUUUUUGACGACUCUGUUGAACAACACAGACGGCAAUUCGUCGACGCCAACGUCUAGAACGAUAUUUUUAAACAAAUUCCGACGCUUUGUACUAGAAACUUUGGUAUCGAAUCGCCGAUUCAUCACUUACCAGACGCCACUACCCGUCACGCUAUGCUUCUUUCACAGACUUUUAGUUGCCUUUAGAGUUUUGUGGGAUACCGAAGUCGGAACUAAUCCAAUUUUCGUACCAUGCAGAUCAUUCUGCGACUCGUCAAUCAAUUACUCGAAUAUCGAACGAUUGGGUGGAGUAUUGUCUCAUCUAAAAAAGACGUUCAGAAACGAUUUGGUCAAGCUGCUUGGAACGGAUGAGGAUGCUGUAGACCAAUCGCAAGAUACCCAAUUGACUGCAGCGGCAGCAGCGACAACGGGCACCAAUAAUUUAUUUUCCGCAAGGGUCGCUGAUACGCCUGUCAUAUCGGUUUUCGCCAGAAUGAUCGGCGUCAAUCCGUUGGGCAACCCAAACAUGUUGGAAAGGAUCGGAUACUUUCCGUCCUACGCUAGGGAACCUCCGCUGCAGUUUGGAUCCGUGGAUCCUACGACGUCGCUUAUCGAAUUGCUGGACGGAGUAAUACUAUUUUAUUAUGCGGCGGCGAAAAAACAAAUCGCCAAAGUAGCCAACAUACGAGAUGUUAUAACGGAAUACUCUGUUGCGAUGUCGGACAUGCAGAGCCGAUUGGACAUAGUGAAAAAAAUGAAAGACGAGGACUCUGAAAAUAUUAAGAGUCAGUUGCUGAAAACUGCGGAAAUUUUUCAGACGAAGCUGACGGAACAGGCUCGACACAUGGCUUGGGUUCGAGCGGUUGUUUAUUCGGAGGAGAAACAGGAGCGCAUAGCUUGGGUGUUGAGAACGGUGCUGCUUACUUUAAAAAGAGCCAGCGAAAGUGAAAAUCUUUUUAGUUUUGUUCCUGAAUUUUACUUGGAGGUCUUGGCUGAUCUGAUCAACGGUUUGAAAAAUCACAUCCAUCCGACUGUGCUGGUCGAUAAGAUCACCGAUUUCCGAACGGUGUUGAAAGACAUAGCGCAAUUUUUAUGCGACCAUUUUUUGGAUGCUCGCAUAAUCAAUGCAAAUUCAAAGGACACGCUAAUUACAUCCUUGGCUGGGUUCGCCUCAAACUCGAUGACCCUUGACGCGCUGGAGAGUGUGACGAAAGACGCGAGGCUUAAAGUUGUCUCGAACUUGCUGAAAUCUUACGAAAACAGAGCUUGGGCGCAGUCCAAUUGGAUCCUCGUGCGAUUUUGGCAAGGCCACGGGUUUGCUUUUCGAUACGAGAAGAGUCCUCACGUAGCUAAGAAAGUCGGUCCAAAAAUAUUAACUCAGGAAUCGUUAUUUCGGACCAUUAAGCCAUGUCCAUCACUGGUCUUCCAAGCCCAUGUCAAAGAAAUUUUACUUGGAAAUAAUCAAGCGACCGUUGUAUUUUUAAAUUCUCUGCUGAAUCAGCUUAAUUGGGUCUUCUCCGAGUUCAUUGAAAUGGUGCAGGAAAUCCAUAACGUCUCAUCGAGACCGGAACGCGUUUUCAUAGAGUCACGGCAGCUCAGGAUAUGCGCGACUUGCUUCGAACUGGCUGUCUCGCUUUUACGAGUAAUAGAGAUGACGGCCUCCAUUGCUUCCGAAGUUUUUACCGAUUUUACGUUGCCGUCGAGUAGCAAUCUCCUUGCCAGAUUAUGCCAGCUACUUUGUCAAAUUCUUAAUCGAAUAAGUAUGCCAACCAGUUCUUUUCAACACGUCCUGCAUCUUGAUAUACCAGAUCUCCAGACAGUCGAUCAUUUUCCAAUCUCGACUGCCGUCCUAGGGAUCCUCAUAGCUUUACUAAAAGAAGAUAUUUUACUACCAGAAUCAGAUGAAAUUCCUCAAGUUACGAUGACGAUAAUAUCGGAGCCGAGUUUUCAAAUGUCUUCAUUGAAUUUUGUAUUGGGUGAAGUUAAAACAAACAAAAUAAAAAAUUACAGGCCGUUCUCACUGCUAAAUUACGAAGAUAGCGUUUCAAAAGAAGAAAUAUUAAUGGUCAAAAAGAUAAUAGAACAUUUGGAUUAUAAUCGUAAGAAAUUACCAAUUGAAACGCCGUGCGAUGACGACAAGAUUUGUAAAAUUUGCUACGCCUAUCCCAUCACGGCAAUUUUUAAACCUUGCGGUCAUUCUUCUUGCUUGAUGUGCAUAGAACGGCAUAGAUUAAAUAGCAAGACUUGUUUUUUCUGUAAAUCGAUUAUUGAACAAGUUAUUGUUGAAGGUAAAAUUUUGCAUGAAUUUUCAAGCGACUCGUCAAUUCAAUCGGACAUCUGA